AUGGUGAGUAAAGAGCCCAGCAAAUGCCUACUCACCGCCUCGGAAAGCGAAGUUGAGCCCGCGGCUUCGCUGGCGCUGGAGAUGAAAUACGCGCUGGAUCCCAACCGGCAGAUCAAGAAACGGAACAAAGCUCUCCAGGUGAGGUUCAAAGACAUCUGCGAGGCGCAGAACGAGCAGAGGGACAAGGAGCUGUGCGGCGCGCAGGAUCCCGACAGGAGGGACGCCAAGCCCGUCUCCUACAAAACGGCGUACCGCAAGUACAUGACGGUGCCCGCCCGGCGGUCCAUACCCAACGUCACCCGGAGCACCGGAGUUCAGACUUCGCCCGAUCUUAAAAAGUGUUACCAGACCUUUCCCCUGGACCGGAAAAAAGGGAAUAUUCUUAAAAGCACCUCGACCGUGGACAGCUUUAAGAGUGAAAACAACGGGUUUCUGAUAGACCUGAAGGACAAAGAGGGCGGGAGCUCAGGCUCGCAGGCGGCGGAGUGCGUUUCCCACCCGGAGGAGCGCGCCGACGGGGCCGAGGCCCGGGAAG